AUGGCCCUGCGCUACCCCAUGGCCGUGGGCCUCAACAAGGGCCACAAGGUGACAAAGAAGGUCAGCAAGCCAAGGAGCAGCCAGCGCCGCGGGCACCUCAUCAAGCACACCAAGUUCAUGUGGAACAUGAUCAGGGAGGUGUGCAGCUUCGCGCCCUACGAGCGGCGCGCCAUGGCCAUGGAACUGCUCAAGGUAUGCAAGGACAGGAGCGUGCUCAAGUUCAUCAAGAAGAGGGUGGGCACACACACCCGGGCCAAGAGGAAGUGGGAGGAGCUUAGCAAUGUGCCGGCAGCCUUGAGGAAGGCAGCAGCCAAGAAGAACGGACACCCCCUCCCUCAAUAA